UCAUGGUGGGGUCUACCCUCUCUGUCUCUCAAUCUGUGAAGAGACAGCUAUUACUGAGCCUGCCAUAGUCCCUACCAACUUUGAAACCUCUCAUUCAUGGCUUCUCCGUGUCCAGCCUUUGGUUUGUGUGGUGGGCUUGAAGGAAAUGGUGUUGCUUAAACUUGCUCUUAAUCACUUCAUUCUUGUACAGCUGUUUCUUCUGGCUACUGGUGCCCAUGAGCUGCAUCGGAGUAUCUUAGAUGGCCAUCAAGAUCCUAUAGAAAUGGAUAGUCAUGUGGGUUCCAUGAUCCCUGAAAUCCCUCCUCUGGGUGCUCCGCAGCCUCUUCUCCCUCUCCUUGCACCUUCACCAUUAGUUCCGUUCACCAAUACCUCAACCCCAAAGUUAUCAGGGUUUUGCCCUUUGAACUUCACUGCUUCUGAAAGCUUGAUGAGCGUGACAGCAAUUGAUUGCUUGGAAAGUUUUGCACCAUUGGUAGCUAAUGUAAUAUGUUGUCCCCAGCUGGAAGCCACUCUCUCUAUUCUCAUUGGGCAAUCUAGCAAGCAUACAGACAUGCUUGCCUUGAACAGGAGACUUGCUAAAUAUUGCCUAUCAGAUGCAAAGCAGAUUUUGACUGCCCAAGGUGCCAAACAUAGUCUGACACAGAUGUGUUCAAUUCAUUCUUUAAAUCUCACUGAAGCAUCUUGCCCGGUCAAAGACGUAAAUGAGUUUCAUGACAUAGUGGACACUUCUAAGCUUCUUCUUGCUUGUGAGAAAAUUGAUCCUAUUAAAGAAUGCUGUGAUCAGACUUGUCAGAAUGCUGUAUUAGAAGCAGCUACAAAAAUUGCAUCAAAAGGAUCUGAUCUCUUGGGCUUAGAUGGGCCACACGUCCUACCUGAGCACUCAACUCGGAUCAAUGAUUGUAGAAGUAUUGUACUUCGAUGGCUUGCUAGUGAGCUUGACCCUUCUAAUGCUAAGAAAAUUCUCAGAGGAAUAUCUAAUUGCAAUGUUAACAAAGUUUGCCCUCUGGUUUUGCCUGAUGUAAGACACGUCGCCAAGGCUUGUGGAGAUGGGAUAAAAAACAAGACAGCCUGCUGUGACUCCAUGGGAGUGUACGUGUCUCACCUGCAAAGGCAGAGCUUCAUCACAAACUUACAAGCUUUGGAUUGUGCAGAGACUUUGGCCAUGAAACUAAAAAAAUCAAAUAUUGCUGAAGAUGUUUAUAGCCUCUGCCGUGUUAGUCUCAAGGAUUUCUCCCUUCAAGUCAACCAUGUGGAUGUUUCAGUUAAUACUCAAGAGGCUGGUUGUCUGCUGCCUAGCUUGCCUUCAGAUUUAACAUUAGAUACGACCGGGAUUAGCUUCAAUUGUGAUCUAAAUGACAAUAUUCCGGCACCUUGGCCCUCUACAUCUCAAUUGGCGACUUCAGCAUGCAAUAAGACUGUCAACAUUCCUGCCCUGCCUGCAGCAGCAAAUGGCCAAAGCUGCCUCCAAAGUGAUUAUGUGCUGUUUCCUAUGCUUUUCGCUUUCUCCCUUCUCCUCAUGACACGUGGCUAAUUACAAGGGCAUCCUUGCUUAAUGCAGCCUUCUUAGUCCUUCGAGUACAGUUAUUUCUGGGUGAGUGUUAAUCCAAAAGGUUAAUUGUCAUCCAAGUCUGACGGGUUUUGGUAGUAGAAUAUUAGUCUGCUGGGGAGAGAGAUCUGUUUCUGAUAUUGUUAAUUCAUGAUUCUUGCAUGCUUGUGUAAUAAAACUGUGUAUAGGAAACUUAGGGAAUUAUAGGUUAUACGGUAACUUGUUGAGAUUGAGACGCAAACCUGUGACCAUCUAUUAAGUAUUAUUGUCAUCUUGUGAAGUGCAAUAUCUCAAUGAGGUUACAAAUUUUUUCGUC